AUUUUUAUUUUUUUUUUUUUCUCUUCUCUGAUAUAAUGUAUAGAAGAAAUCCUACACGAACCUGGAGUAUUGAUGACAUCUUACAGUUGCAGUCUUUGCUUGCAUAUGAACAAGAUAAACGCGCAAAACAUAUCGAAGAGUGUCAAAGCUCAUCAAAUGUGGUGCACCUUCACCCUAUUUAUCGUUCAGCAAGUCCAGCAGAAAUAGCUGCUGCUGCUAGAGGCGAAAAGCAACGAUUAGAGCAAGCACUUUAUAAUCUUAGGUUACUUAAAGAAGAGUAUCGACGCCAUAGAACUCGUCAGAUUCAAGCUUACCUAGACGAAUACCGAAGACAGGCUCUGAUUCGUGCUGUAUUGCAAGAAGAAGAAGAGCGCUACUACCGUCAGUGCAUUGCCGCAGCCUUAGAGCAGCAACGUGUGAAUGAAGCAUGGAAUAGGUAUGUUCAAAUGAAUACACAGCAACAAGAAAUAGAGCGACAACUGGACGAAGCAUACCGAACCGGGUACUCUGAGUACCGCGCACAGCAGCUGGCCGAGUUGCUUAAACAUCUGUUUGAGCAACAAUACCAAGAAAAAGACAAAGAGUACAAACUAGUGGAAGAAGAUGAUGAUGAAAAAUCAAAUAAUGACGAAGCUAUGGCUGAAGUAUGGAAAUUCUUGUCUGAUCAAAAGCAGGACUCUGAAACACCCCGUUCUGCAUUCCUCACAUCAGAACAUAGCGCCCUAGAAGAAAACCAAUUAACUCCUGAGACAUCCCUUUCUCAUGAAGCAAGCGAAGAAGAAGAAGGAUAUGAGGAUGAAGUAGAAGAAGACAAGACACUCGAGGAUGUGGCACCAGACACAAGUCAUACCCAAAGAGCUCUUCCGCCUCUUGCCGAUCAUGUGGUUACCCUAAAAGACCUUGUUAACCAAUUAGCUUCACAACCGGUUCUAGUCGGUGAGCAGUACAACCCAGCUCCAGGAAAAACAUUUUACUGUGAUGAACCCAAGCCUUCGGGUAUUUGGGAAAAGGGCCAACCCAAGAAAACAGAGAAGCCCAAGGUAGAAAUCCCCGAGGUUAAGAAGAAACCUUAUUUACCAGAGCAUGUCUUUACUGAGGCAGAGCCAACGCCUACAAGUGAACGAAUGAGUGUAUCUCCAGUAGAUGAAGAAGAAGAAGAAGAAAGGAAGAAUCAGAGAUUUGUAGAUGAAAUAGCAGCAGAGCAACAAAAAGAGACAAAGUCUAAAGAUCCACAAAAGUCAAAGACUGUACAGCUAUUAAAUGAAAUUUCUAAAAGCCUCGAAAGCGAAACCAGUGAUAUUGUCAGUCGUUGGCAGCAUGUACUAAACCAACCAUUAACGUUUAGCAAACAGAAAGAAGGCACACUGUUAUUGACAGCUACUACAGAUGCGAAUCGGGCUUAUCUAGGAUCAGAAGAUGAGUUGAUGAGAGCUAUGUUAAAGUUGGAUACAAUCGAAAGCAACGGUGACGAAUCCAUUAGAAGCUAUCGUCGUGAACUUGUACAGAAAUGUCAAAGCAUGUUGGAUCAAUUGGAUUCACAUAAACAAGCUGAAUUGCAAAAGGCGCUUUCUGCAAGUAAAAAUCAAGACAAGAAGAAGAGAAGAAAGAGACGUCAUCACCGUCCACAGAAAAAGUGUUGAAAUAGUAAUAAAGCAUUUUCAAAACCAAUAACAAUUACACUUUA